AGACGUAGGGUUGGGUUGGGGUUUCUACUUUACUCUUUUUGUGUGUUGGGUUUUACAAAGAAAGCCGCUCUGCCUGUUGCUGUAUCACUUACUCCAUCACCUAAUUUCUCAGUCUCACUCACAAAUCACAAAAUAAUGAUGGUAGGAGGAGGAGAGUUCGAAAUUGGCGAAGUCCCAUUCAACCCAGACGGAUGGGGCCCUCCUGAUUCCUCCAAUCUCAACCUUAACCUCCCUGUCAACGUCCCCUUCGCCCCUUUCUCCCGUUCCGAUAAGCUUGGCCGUAUCGCCGACUGGACUCGCACCAACUUCAACAACCCCAACCAGAACCGCUCCAAGAACCCUUCCGAUUCCGUCUUCGACUUCUCCAACGACGACUCCUUCCCUUCCUCCGGCGCCGCCGAUGACGACUCCUCCUUCCGUCUCGUCGACGGCAAGCCUCCCCCUAAGCCCAAGUUCGGCCCCAAAUGGAGGUUCCAGCAACAGCGCCAGCUCCCUCAACGCCGCGACGAGGAAGUUGAAGCCAAAAAGCGUGAGGCCGAGAAAGAACGCGCUCGCCGCGACCGUCACUAUCAUAAUAACCGCUCCAACGCCAAUAGCAUGAUGCGCCGAGAGCCUUUGAAAUCCUCCGUCGACAUCCAACCCGAAUGGAACAUGCUCGACCAGAUCCCCUUCUCCACCUUCUCCAAGCUCUCCUUCUCCGUCCCUGAACCCGAGGACCUCCUCCUCUGCGGUGCACUCGAGUUCUACGAUCGAUCCUUUGACCGCAUCACUCCCAAGAAUGAGCGCCGUCUUGAACGCUUCAAAAACCGUAAUUUCUUCAAGGUUACCACCACUGAUGACCCUGUCAUCCGCCGCCUCGCCAACGAGGACAAAGCCACCGUCUUUGCCACUGACACCAUCCUCUCUACCCUCAUGUGUGCGCCCAGGUCUGUUUACUCGUGGGACAUUGUGGUCCAGAGGGUCGGGAACAAGUUGUUCUUCGAUAAGCGUGAUGGCUCUCAGCUCGAUUUGCUUUCUGUCCACGAGACCUCUCAGGAGCCCUUGCCCGAGGCCAAGGACGAUAUCAAUUCCUCCUAUUCCCUCGGCGUCGAGGCUGCUUACAUCAACCAGAAUUUCUCCCAGCAGGUUCUCAUUAGGGAUGGGAAAAAGGUCGCAUUCGAAGAGCCUAACCCCUUCGCCAACGAAGGAGAAGAGGUUGCCUCUGUGGCAUAUCGCUAUAGGCGCUGGAAGCUCGAUAACGAUAUGUACUUGGUAGCUCGGUGUGAGGUACAGAGUGUUGUCGAGAUUAACAAUCAGAGGUCCUUUUUAACUCUGAAUGCACUCAACGAAUUCGACUCCAAAUACUCGGGUGUCGAUUGGAGGCAGAAGCUCGAGACUCAGAGAGGUGCUGUGUUGGCCACUGAGCUAAAGAACAAUGCCAAUAAGAUGGCCAAAUGGACGGCUCAAGCUUUGCUAGCUAGCGCAGAUAUGAUGAAACUGGGGUAUGUCUCUCGGGUUCAUCCUCGUGAUCAUUUUAACCAUGUGAUAUUGGCAGUUGUCGGGUACAAGCCAAGGGAGUUUGCUUCACAGAUUAAUUUGAAUACUUCGAAUAUGUGGGGGAUUGUGAAGUCCAUUGUGGACUUGUGUAUGAAGUUGAACGAGGGGAAGUAUGUGCUUGUCAAGGACCCAGCCAAACCACAAGUUAGGAUCUAUGAGGUGCCUGCAGAUGCAUUCGAGAAUGAUUACGUGGAGGAACCACUGCCGGAGGAUGAGCAGGUUCAGCCGCCCACCGAGGAUGCUGAGGGCGCAGAGCCAAAUGCCACUACAAAUGAUGUGGAGGAGAAGGAGGUGGUUGCACAAGCUUGAAGGGGCAAUCUAAUGAUUGAUGCUUGGGAUUAAUCCUUAUCUCCUCUGCCGACUUCAGAGAUUGUGACUUGCACAUUGGGUGUUUUUAACCGUUGCAGACAAUAGUGAGUGGGAGCUCCAAAAUCAUGGCCACUACAGUUGUUAGCAGCAAGAAUACAGCAACUUUCUUUUUUUUUUGAGCAAUUCGAAGUGCAUAACCUAAAAUUCUAUACUCUUUAGCCCUUUGAUGUUAUUUGAUAAUAUUAUCCUUUCUUUUUGGUUGAGGUGUUGUUCAGUUUUGGAAAAUAGCAUUUUGGACCCAAUUUAAGGAUGAGAAUAUAUUGAGUACUCGGAAGAGAUUAUGAAAGCAUUGAAGGAUUUGUUUGCCUA